CUCAAAUCUGAGAACCUUCUUCUUCUUCUUCUUCUUCUUCUUCUUCUUCUUCUUCUUCUUCUUCUUCUUCUUCUUCUUCUUCUGCUCUCUCUGAAUCAUCAAAUCAUGGUUGAGCCGGCGAAUACCGUUGGGAUUCCGGUUAAUCACAUGCCACAGUUGAAGGAUGAGCUCGACAUCGUCAUCCCUACCAUCCGUAACCUCGAUUUCCUCGAGAUGUGGAGACCUUUCCUCCAGCCUUACCAUCUGAUCAUCGUCCAAGAUGGAGAUCCAUCGAAGACCAUUGCUGUACCUGAAGGGUUCGACUACGAGCUCUACAACAGGAACGACAUCAACCGUAUCCUUGGUCCUAAAGCUUCCUGCAUUUCCUUCAAGGACUCUGCUUGUCGUUGCUUCGGCUACAUGGUCUCCAAGAAGAAGUACAUCUUCACCAUUGACGACGAUUGCUUCGUUGCCAAGGAUCCAUCUGGAAAAGCUGUGAACGCUCUUGAGCAACACAUCAAGAACCUUCUCUGCCCAUCAUCUCCAUUUUUCUUCAACACCUUGUACGACCCAUACCGUGAAGGUGCUGACUUCGUUCGUGGAUACCCUUUCAGUCUACGUGAGGGUGUUUCCACUGCUGUUUCCCAUGGUCUGUGGCUCAACAUCCCUGAUUACGAUGCCCCGACCCAACUUGUGAAGCCUAAGGAAAGGAACACAAGGUAUGUGGAUGCUGUUAUGACCAUCCCAAAGGGAACACUUUUCCCUAUGUGUGGCAUGAACUUGGCCUUCGACCGUGAGCUCAUUGGCCCGGCUAUGUACUUUGGUCUCAUGGGUGAUGGUCAGCCUAUUGGUCGCUACGACGAUAUGUGGGCUGG